UACAACCCCUAGACUGCCGCUCCCUCACCCCAACUUACCCUAUUUUCCCCUCCCCUUAGUCUCGGCUUUCUAAUCUACCUGCCCCACCUGCACCAUUGCUGUUAUAAGCACACCUGUUAUAAUUUCCUAAUCCCGCUAUUGUGCUGUAACCUUCGCUGUGGGGCUGGAGCUGCUGUGGCCGUCGAUUUCUCCUUUCCGGUUGGCUGCAGCAGCGAGCGAAGCGCCGUCGCCUGACGUGUCACCAGAUCGGUGUCUGCGUGAGCGGUUCUUAAUUUGCGCGGCCCGGCGCAUGCGCCAGGGUUAGUAAGCGGUGUUUCCGGUGCCUGGUGCAUGUACGCGUAGCUCGCGAUCGCGUCCGCGCUUGCCGUAGAGCGCACGAGAGGAACACCGGAUCGCGCUAUGGCGAGCGGAGGCGGCGGGAGGGCCAGGGCGGACUACGACUAUCUUAUAAAGCUGCUGCUUAUAGGCGAUAGCGGUGUGGGGAAGAGUUGUCUCCUGCUGCGAUUCUCCGACGACUCCUUCACCACUUCCUUCAUCACCACCAUCGGCAUCGACUUCAAGAUCCGCACGAUCGAGCUGGACGGCAAGCGCAUCAAGCUGCAGAUCUGGGACACCGCGGGGCAGGAGCGGUUCCGCACCAUCACCACGGCAUACUACCGUGGAGCCAUGGGCAUCCUUCUGGUGUAUGACGUCACCGAUGAGUCAUCCUUUAACAACAUCCGCAACUGGAUCCGCAACAUAGAGCAGCACGCAUCUGAGAACGUGAACAAGAUUCUCGUGGGAAACAAGGCUGACAUGGACGAGAGUAAACGGGCAGUGCCAGCAGCACGGGGCCAGGCUCUGGCAGAUGAGUUUAACAUCAAGUUCUUUGAAGCGAGCGCCAAGUCGAAUCUGAACGUGGACAAUGUGUUCUUCACCAUUGCGCGGGACAUCAAGCAGCGCCUCGCAGAGAGUGCAGAGGACAGGCCCGAGCAACAAGCCAAGGCCAACAUUGUGAUAUCGGACACCAAGAAGCCCGCCAAGGCCAAGGGCGGGUUCUGCUGAUGGGGUUGACGGUUGGGGGGUUGGGCUGAAAGGUUGGGGGGGGGGGGGGGGGGGGGUGUUAGGUUGCUGGUGGGUGACAGGUGGGUUGAAAGAUGGCGGGAUUGUGUACUCCAUGGUGCGGGUUGAGAGACGAGGGUUUGGGAUGGGACAAGUACAGCAGAGGAGAGGAGGGGGAGAGGCCCGCCCGGCGAGGGCGAACUGAGGAUUGGGCGGGUUGAGACGUACGACGGAGUUGCUCCUUGUUGGUGGUGGCGACGUCGCGGUGCUGUGGAGAGUGGGGGUCAGUGGGGAGGACGGGGCAGAGUCAGAGGCAGUGCGGAAAGGCUGUGUGGGGAGGGGUGCGGUUUAGUGCACCACGGCUGAGAUUACGGAUGGUUAUUGCCCUUGGAUUGGAACAACAACCAGGGAUGCUUGCCGCACUGGAAGAGCAUGAGGAUAUGGCGUUUCAGUGGGGCUGGAAGGUGCUCCUGCAAUGCUCCAGCGCUCCAAGCAGAAUCAUUCUGCGACUGAGGGGCAGCAGUGUGUAUGGGACAACAUUGUCGUAGACGUGUCUACGAUAAUGUAGAAACUACCUUAGGAGGGUGGGUUGAAAAAAUACGUGCUAGUGAGUAAGGGGUGUACAGAGUCAUGAGCAGCUAUUUAUUUGUUGUUAACUUGGGAUCUUGAUGCAUAAAUGGCGAAUAGGGUUAAUGACAACUGAGGAUCUGAA